CGGAGCCAAGGCCGCCGCGAGACUAGGCCGCAGGUCGCCGCAGACACAGCGCGAGCACUUCGGCCCCGUCAGCAGGAACGACCAUGGCGAGCAGCCGCGAGCGCGGGGCAGCCGAGCGGCCGCUGCCCUUCCAGGUGGAGGAGGUGCCCGAGGACGAGGUGAAGCGCCUGCAAGACCUCGGCUUCGAGGGCUACCCGCAGCUCGUGAGAACCAAGCCCAACUUGGCUUACUUCAGACCCACGUACGCCCGCCUGGCCAGCGCCUUCUACAACUUCGUGUUCCGGCCCGACGAUGUGGUAAUCCUCACCUACCCGAAGUCCGGGACCAACUGGACCUCGGAGCUGGUGUGGGCGCUGAGGAACCCGGACGCUCUGCACCGGGCGGAGAGCGCGGCGGCCGGCGAGCGCUUCUUCUUCAUCGACAUGGACAUCCUCCGCCCCGGCCGCGCCGCCGAGGACGACCCGACGUACCAGCGGUUCGUGGCGACGUGCCCCGAGGGGCGCGUGGAGGACGGCGUGCAACUCCAGCUGGCGUCCGCGCACAAGGGCCCCAGGGUGAUCAAGACACACUUGCGCUUCGACCUCCUUCGGCAGGAUCUCCUGGACACGUGCAAGGUAGUAUACACCGUGCGAAAUCCAAAGGACACGUGCGUCUCUUACUUCCAUCACUGUAGCAACAAUAUUAGGAGCACAUUCAAGGGAGAUUUCUCCAACUUUGCCGAGGCUUUCAUGACCAACGGUAUAAAUUACGGAUCCUAUUGGGACCACGUCAGGCAGGCUUGGCAACGCAAAGGCCACAGGAACCUUCAUAUUAUGUUCUACGAGGAUUUGAAGGCGGAUAUCCACGGCGAACUGAGGAAGCUGGCAGAUUUCCUGCAACUCGAUCGCGAUGACGAUCAGCUGAAAACUGUAGCUGAGCACGCGAGCUUCGAGCAGAUGAAAUCUCGCCACGAGCGCCUCAGCGUCAACCACAUGAUCCGUAACUUCUUCCGCAAAGGGCAGGUCGGCGACUGGAAGAACGCUGCGUCUGAGGAGCUGAACAACAAGAUGGAUGACUGGAUUCGGGAAAACUGUCAUGACAUUGACGUUUCCUUCAAAUAUGAAUAACUGCUGGAAUAAACAGUGCGCUUAUUUUUCACUCUUACUUUUUAUUAUUGAUAUUACUCUUUUUGAUCUGUAUGUAAAAUCCACUAAUUCAUAAUUAAGGGAAGGUAUAUUGAGCUGAUGUUCCAAAUAAAGUCAUCUGUAUUU